AUGUUCUCUCGCUACGCCGCCGCCCACCAAAAUUCCAAAGGGCCCGGAGAUGCCCGCCCUACAGCCCUCGACAUCGUCAGAGAUGAAGGCCUGCUAGGCAAGCUCACGGACAAAGUCGUCCUCAUCACUGGCUGCUCUUCAGGCAUUGGCGUCGAGACCGCCAAAGCUCUGAAUACUACGGGUGCGAAGCUGUUCCUGGGAGUCCGCGACACCGCCAAGGGACAAGCCGCCCUCACCGACAUCCUGAAGCCGGGGUAUGUCGAGCUUUUGCAGAUGGACCUGAACUCCCUCGACAGCGUGCGGUCGGCGGCAGAGGAGUUCCAGAAACAGAGUAAGACGCUCAAUAUUCUCAUCAACAAUGCAGGCGUCAUGGCGACACCAGAGGGUAGAACGGCGGAUGGCUUUGAGACUCAAUUCGGCACCAACCAUCUCGCCCACUUCCUACUCUUCCAGCUCCUCAAACCUACCCCUUUCGCCUCCUCAACCCCAGGCUUCAACUCCCGCGUCGUAUGCCUUUCCUCCUCCGGCCACCGUGGCGCUGGCAUCCAAUUCGACGACUACAAUUUUGAGAAACGCGACUACGCGCCCUGGACCGCAUAG